AUGUGGAAGAAUUGUUUAAACUCGGUUCACGCUCACCGCACCCUUCGAACGUACUCCUACACACCCAUUCCAGAGACAGGAUACAGCAUAUGUGUUGUGACUGCAACCGAUCGCGAUUUUGAUGUUCAAUUCCUGUCACAGAAGGAGCACUUAUUUGCGGCAGCAGAUACCGUUCUCGUUGACGGGGAGGAUGUGUCCUCUCUCUUGCUACCAGUGAAUGUGGUUCUAUCACCGAUUCUUGCCAACUGUCGUAAACCUAGUUUUUCACGUAUUCUUGCAUCACCAACCACAACGACAACUACAGAGACCACACCGAAGGUGACUACCGCAGAGGUGACGUCUGUUGUACCAGCGGAUGCUACAACGUUGCCAUCUCUAAAUGAUUCUUUUGAUCUUCGAGUUACUGAGAUGUCAAUAGAGACGAUGGUAGCAACAGAAAAUGAAACAACUGAUGCAGAAUUUGAGGAGAAACCGUGGUUUCGCAGAAAACGCAACUGGUUGACUGAUUUCUUUGCGGAUGAUCCAAAGGGCGUAGAACAAAUCAUGAUGAUUCUUCGAUUCAUACAGGAAUACGAUUUCGGUAAUAAAUACAUUUCACGUCGCAUUAGCUUUUAUUGCAUUUGCAAUGCAUUGGUCGCAGUUUUUUAA